AUGAAUUCGAAAAUAGUCGUACCUGGCCAGUAUAUAGUGCCGACAUAUAAGCUUGAAAAUGAUCAGCCUAUUCGAUACAUACCUGGCAGAGGCACAGUUGUCAAUCAAAUACAAGAUCCCGAUUCCAAAAAGUACUUACCUGUUAUAUGUGCCACUAUUGUUGGGUCAACGUACAUAACAAAGGAGCUGAAUCUGGAACUGAAGCUGGAAUCGGAAUCGGAACCGAAGGAGGUUGAUGAAAAUUCAAACAGUGCGGAGCAUAAAGUGAAAGCUGCCACACUGGGAGAUAAAAUUAAUUUGGACGAGACAACCUCCACAUACGUAGUCCAUGUCGUAGCCAAAGGAGAUUCGCUUCCCUCAAAUGGAGUCGGAGCGUUUGACCCUGUAUCGACAUCAAUAAAUCUUCCCAAGGAAAAUGACAUUGUUCUAGUUAGGAUUACACGGAUAUCUCAGAAACAAGCAUGGUGUGAAAUCCUUGCGAUGGAAAACAAACACGGCCACUUUCAAAAGAAUAUCCUUGCUGACUCUGGGCUAGGCUCUAAUGGUGCUACUUCGCAUGCUUCAUUGCCAGCUGGUGGUGGAUCUCAGCAUAAUUUUAACAUCCAAAGUGUUGCAUCAAACACUUCGAAUGCGCAGAUAUAUGAUAUUGGAGAGAAUUUCAGAGGUAUAAUAAGAAGCCAAGAUAUCAGAUCAACUGAACGAGAUCGAGUUGUUGUUGGGGAGUGUUUCAAGCCAGGUGAUAUUGUGAGAGCACAGAUUUUGAGUCUUGGUGAUGGACAAAAUUAUUACUUGUCCACUGCAAAAAACAAUUUGGGUGUAGUGUUUGCGAAAAGUGAAGGUGGUGCUGGCUCUUUGAUGUACCCUAUUGAUUGGCAAAAUAUGCUUGAUGUUGAUACAGGGAUAGUUGAGAAGAGGAAAAAUGCCAACCCAUUUGAAUCGAUUUAG